GACCCGAGACAGCGCCCACCAAGAACCAAGACCCGAGACCUCAACCAGCCAGGGGGACGCAAGGCCGCCUGCUCGCCCAGACCUUUGCUUGCUGCUCGAGUCGACAUACGAGGAAGCUCCUGGACACAAGCCAGCCGAGAACGAACCCGAGCCACCUGGACACAAGCCAGCCGGGAACGAACCCGAGCGCAAGCCAGACGAGAACGAAGCCGAGCCAGAUGGACACAAGCCAGCCGAGAACAAACCCGAGCCACCGAAGCUUCCAGCCGCACGCGAUGAAGUAUAUGAGCCAUCCGAGAACGAACCCCAGCCACCGAAGCUUCCAGACGAGCCAACAGAAGGUGCCGUUUACAAACGCAUCUAUCGUGUUAUGAAGCCCAGAGCAGACGGCAGCUUUCUCAUCCCGGAGUCAGUACGCAAAGAUUGUGUCAACAAAGAAACACGGCACAACGUCGUACACCUCUUCGAGAAGUGCGCGUGGGACGUAGGAAAAUUCACGAUCAAAUGCCGCAAGCUGGUGGAGGAGAUCGAUGAACUAGAGGUUGAAGAAGAUUACGAAUUCCUCACGGAGGAGGACAUGCAUGAUCUGAACUGGUCAGAGGAACGCAUCAGUGGUGUGAAGCUUCACUGUGCCAAGUUUCCGAACUACGUCAGGACGAGGCUGUACGACAACAAGACGAUGUACUGGUCCAAUUUGAAAGUACGAGGCAAGAAGAAGAAUGUGAAGCGGUCCAUGACCCAGCGCAUGAUUGACUGGGAGGAGGACCCGCCCGAGGAUGGCAAACUCAAGAGCAAUACCGAUGAUUUUGACUUCAAGGGUUUCGAGAUGGCAGACAAGGCCGCAGCGGUGCAAGCCAACCCCCCUGAGCUCCUGGACAAGAAGCUGGCGGGGUUGUCCAUUCAGAAGCGGCUCGCCAAGCUAGAUGGUUUCAAGACAGAGCUAAGCGGGGUUAUUCAAGUUCUCACGCAGCUUCCGAAACCGGUGGAUGCAUCACUCGCUCAGCAGAUGAGCACGAAGAUCGAGGAGCUCAGGAAGCAGCUCGAUGAAUCUGACACCAAGCUGAUAAGUUUGUACAACCAGGGAAUUAUCGAUGGCUAUUCGGGCGAGUGUGUGCAAGCAAUGUUGCUGGAACCUCGGGCAAAGCAGGGCCCCUACUGGGUGGCGCCGAAGGAGGAGAAGCCUGAGCCUCCCAAACGUGGCCGGGAGGGUGAGGGCGAUGGGCAGAAGCCAGCCAAGAAGGCAAUGGAGAAACGAGUGGUCCUGUUCUGCAGCAAUGGGCUGAAGAUUACGGAGAUGGGGCCCUGGCCUGAGGUGCCGGCCACCAGCAUUGCGCGCAACGUGAGAGCAGCGAAACUUGAAGGCACGAAGGCCUCCGGAGUCGAAAGCACAGGUGGUCUUGCAGACAACAAUGCAUCCCGUGAUGUCGAUAGGCUCUUCCGUCGCUUUGGGUUGGCACUCAAAGUUCCUAGAGACACCAUUACUUAUCAUGUUCCCGACACAACCGAAACAAUCGACAUCCCCUGGAUCCGUCCUACUGCCUGGGUAGCUUUCAUGCUCGACAAGUACCCGAUAUUCUUUACGGGGUGCGAGGGGAACUUUGAAGUGCAGCUCCAGAGUUUUUGGACCUGCUACGAGCAGGUCCAUCCAGGACAUGUCGUUUUUCGCGACCGUUCGAGGCUUUCGAGAACCCUUCCCCUUCUCGUUCAUGGGGAUGAAGGCCGAUAUCUCAAAAGGUCCAACUUCAUGAUUUGCACCGUAGAGUCUGUUCUUGGUUCGGAACCCCAGACGCGAAAGAAAUGUUCGUGUUGCCACGACCCCUGUCUUGCACGCUACAGCGACUUCGAUGUAGACAUGGACCCCAGCAUGCUACAGGCAGUUCGUGUCGCUGCCAAGCAACACACGAAUGUGAAGGGUCAUCCGUAUCUCUCCAAGUUUUUAUGCUUCGGGCUAGCCAAGAAGCAGUAUGCUGACCAACCGGGUUUGUUGGACUACGCCUUUCAAGUCCUGGCUGAGGACAUGACUGCACUAUUCCAUGAUGGCGUCAUCGUAGGCAGGAUUUGCAGAGUUAGCCGGCGUGUCUCCGCAAGGAGCGAUCAGGGCCACGUGGGCGUGGUCUCACAGCCAGAAGCCAUGGCAAGCGACGAUAAGCUUGAGGAGUUCUU